UCUUGGAGGCGGCGCUUACCCAUAUUUGUAUAGCCGGUCCCGGCGUCCCCCUUCUGCCUUCGCUCGCCUUCUUGUCGCUCGGUCCUUACAGCCAUGCAAAGGGUAGCUGUAGUCACCGGCGCCACCAGUGGAAUUGGUUCUGCGCUGUGUGAACGUCUGCUCCAGGAAGAUGCAAACCUCCAUAUAUGUUUAGCCUGCAGGAACAUGGAGAAAGCUAAUGCCACCCGUGACAAGCUAUUAUCCUGCUUCCCCCGUGCAGACAUCAGCGUAAUUAAAAUAGAUGUUGGCAGGCUGGAAUCUGUCCUACAUGCAGCUGAAGAAAUGAAGAUGAGAUUUCACCGGUUGGAUUAUCUCUUCUUGAAUGCUGGGAUCAUGGUAAAGCCACGUGUCAGUUUCUGGUCACUUCUCCGUGGCCUUUUCUCCAGUAGAGUAUUUCGAAUGCUGACCACAGCAGAGGGGCUGAUGAGCCAGCAGGACGGGGUCACUCCAGAUGGCCUACAGGAAGUCUUUGCAACCAACUUCUUUGGACAUUUUGUAUUGAUCCGGCAGCUGGAGCCUCUGCUUUGCUGCCUUGAAAAACCUUCCCAGCUCAUCUGGACGUCUUCGGUCAGUGCCCAUAAGUCUAACUUUAGUCUUGAUGACUUCCAACACAAGCAAGGCAAAGAGGCCUACAGCUCCUCUAAAUACUGCACUGAUCUUGCAAGUGUGGCUUUAAACAACCAUUUUAACAAGCAGGGCUUAUUUUCAAGUGUCCUGUGUCCAGGCAUUGUGAUGACCAACAUGACAUAUGAAAUGAUGUCACCUCUUUUCUGGAAGCUGCUUUUCCCUUUCUUCUGGCUGUUACGCCUGUGCACCCCCACGUACACCCUGACACCAUACAAUGGAGCAGAAGCACAGAUUUGGUUGUUCAAGCAGAAGCCAGAGUUGCUGGAUCCCCUGGUGAAAUAUCACAGCUGUACCACCUUCUUUGGGAAGAAUUAUACUGAGACCCGCAAGAUGGAUCUUAGUGAAGACAUGGCAGAGAAAUUCUACAAGAAGAUAUUGGAAUUAGAAAAACAGGUUUUAGUGAGCAGCAAUUGCUCACAUAAAAAAUAGCAAGGCUGUUGGUUGCAGGAAAAUGUUUCUUCCCCUUG